AUGGCAACAGCAUCAACCAUCAACCAUCGUUUAUUAACAAGUUUGAAAGAUGAACCGAAGCAGAUGUUACAACCUAUUUCUGGCUACGAAGAAGAGCCUCUUUUAUCUAUAGAAGAGGCAUGCAAACCAUUAGAAAAGAUAUUGGAUCAAGAAUUAAAGCAAAAUAUGGUUAUUGCUAAAAUGAAUUCGGAGGAACCGGCCGACCAACUAACACCAGAUGAAUCCGCCUCAAUUCAUCUAUAUACAAUGGAAUGGAAAAAGCGUGAAAAUAGUCUUUACGCAGUUUUGAAUCGAACUCUUCGAAUGGCUGAUCGUUCAAAACUGAAACCAUGGUUCAGAUAUUUAAAGCUGUUUAUGACAGCUUUUUUUAAAUUGCCAUCCAGUCAACAUACCAUUAUCUGGAGAGGCGUUACAGAAGACCUUGGCGGUGUCUACACGAAAGGAAGAAAAGUUGCUUGGUGGGCACUUAGUUCUUGUACAGCUGCAAUCAGUGUUCUUGAAUCUGAAUUGUAUCUGGGGACUUCAGGUGAAAGAACAAUAUUUUCUAUUCAGACAACCAGUGGAAAGUGCAUUAAAGCCCACUCGUAUUUUCAACAGGAAGAUGAAAUUCUUCUUCCGCCUGGUCGAUAUUUUGAAGUGAUUGAUAAGCUAAGUCCAGGCAACGGUCUCAAUAUCAUUCACAUUCGAGAAAUUCCCCCACCAUUUCCCAUGUUAGCUGAUCCAUUUGAUCUUAGUCAACUGAAAAAUACUUUACCGGGACCGGUCUCAAAACCAGAAAAAACAAAAAAAAUCAACCCAACACCAAUUUUCACACCGAAGCCAAUAACACCAAGCGUGGUACCAAAACCGCCAACACCAAUCACUACAAAGACAGCAUCAUAUAAAGAAUUUGCUGAGCCCGGUGCUUUCAACGAAAUGUAUCACGAUUAUAUAUAUUUCAUUUCGUCAAGGAUUCGCACAAUGCCUGAAAGUCUCUUAAAGCCAACAACUCUUUUUUGUACAUUUGAUAUUCGGAAUUUAUAUACAAUGUUACCACAAGAAGAAACAUUAGAUAUUCUUAUGACAUUUCUUCAUGCUCAUGGUUAUAGAAAAGUGAAAGGAAUUAGUAUUGAUACAAUAAAAAGAUUAGCUUCAAUUAUUCUCCAAGACAAUAUUUUUGCUUAUGGUAAAAAAAUUUAUAAACAAACAACUGGUGGUGCUAUGGGUUCAUCAUUGACAUUAACUUUGGCUAAUAUAUUUAUGUCAAAUUGGCAAAAAAAUAUUGUUGAAGAACAAACGAAGACAGGUGAAUUUUAUGGACGAAAAUUAUUAGAUGAUGUGAAUACAUGGCAUCCCAAUAUUAAAUUAGACUAUAAAAUUGGUUAUAGUCUUCCAUUUCUUGAUGUACAACUUACAAAUAAUAAUGGCAUACUAUCAACAUGUGUAUAUCAUAAACCUUCAGCUGAACCAUAUGUUACACCAUUUACAUCUGAUCAUCCUCGACAUGUUUUUUCGAAUAUAAUCAAAAAUUUUAUUGAACGUGCAACAAGAUAUUCAUCAACAUUUGAAGCAUUCAAUUAUGAACGACGUUCCAUUAAAUUGAUGUUACUAUACAAUGAUUAUCCAUCAACAUUUAUUGAAAAUGAGUUUCACAAAUAUUUUUCGCAAUAUAUAUCAAAAUCACCAUUUCUACCAUUAAUUGAUGACGAACACAAAAAAUAUUUUCUUAUGCGAAAGCAAAUAUCAGGUCAACCAACACCUUGGCAAACACAAGUGGCACUGAGUUCAGCAUUGGCUGACAUUGACAACGAUCCACUAGAUGAUGAUGAGAGACAACAACCAAACCCAGACCCAAAAAAAUCUGAAGAAAAAAACUUAAACAUCAACGAAAAAUUCUUCACUCAUUAUACAUAUGAAAAACGUUUCAAAACAUGCAAACGAGAUAUUCAUCAAGUAUACCACGAUACAUUUAAAGAUACACCAGCAAUGUACACAAAAUUAAUCGUAGGGAACCGCAUCCGUCGUCAAGCACACAAUGAGCUAAUACGCAAACGACCGAAGCAAGCAUUGUUAAAGAAUUCAACAAUAACCAAAAGAAAAUUCGAAAAGCCAAAAACAACUCGACUACCAACUACAACUAUCAUCAAGCCUCCAUAG